CUGAUGCGUCUUCACAGGGUCAUUUGUUGCUUUUUUCUUCGCCAUCAAAGCCGCUGAUUUCGACACUUUAACCCGGGAGCCGGAGCCGGAGGGGACGUCCCCACCAGGAACUCAGGACAUGGAAAGUACGGGAGCGAAUAAGUAGGAUCCAGGGAGCUUUUUCCGUUUCCUGCCCCUGUCCCUGUGGAGUAAAUGUCUUUGGAUGCCUGGUCUUCGUCCUGAAAGUUGACCCUCGGGAAGCAGGCGAGGUCCCGGGCCGGGAGGAUGCCGUCCCUGCACCACGGCACCAUCUUCAUCGGAGCCUUCCUCAUCGUCACCGGGGGCUCCACGGCCUUCAUGGCCUCCGCCCAGAGCCGCCUGCAGGCGUUCGCGCUGUGCUGCGUGGUGCUGGGGGUCUUCAUGCUCAUCCUGGGGCUCUUCUGGGCCAUGAACAGCAAGAGCGCCGCCAACUACAACCACCAGGAGUUCGACCCGGAUUGCCCCCACUACCCGUACGACUACCCCAACUUCGGCAGCCAUGCCCUCUUCACCCCCCCGGGGAGCCGCUUCCCGGAGUCCCAGUCGGCGUUCCUGCCGAGGACGAUGGAGCGCCACCGGCACGGCGCUCGCGGCGAGGAAUUCGACUACCCUCCCAUGGACGCCGGGGGUUUUAGUCCCUCGCCUCACCCUCCCCUGUGGCAGGAGCCCCCACCCCCCUACGAGGUCGCCAUCAAGACCACGUGCAGCUCCACGCAGCUGCGGCGGGCGUACUCGGACACGCACCUGGCGAGCGAGCCCCUGUUCGGACGGUCGAGAGAGAUCAGCUUCGAGGUGUAACAUCGGGGGACAAAGGGUCCUGAGACAGAGGGCCGGGGGCCGGGGGGGCUUUUACUCAGACUCA